AUGGCCGGCUCCACGCGCUACCUCCGCUACAUCCUCCUCGCCAUCUUCGGCAUCAUCGUCCUCACCUUCAUCUCCUCCUCGUCCACACAGCAUGUCGCGCUCGAUGGGAUAGAAGGCUUCAAGCAUCGCUUCCAAGAGAUGCUGAGCAAGCAAAAGGACGCGUACAGGUCGAGUUUUGCAAAAGACGACGAGCAGCCGCACCGCAAUACUUCCCCCAAAGAUCAAAUCGUGGCGGACGAUGUGGGCACCUCGCCCAACACGCAGUCCGAUCUGCUGCUCAGUACCCCCCGGCCAUUGACCGGCAAGGGCUCGCAUGAACGCAUCAACGCCACCUUUGUCACCCUCGCGCGCAACAGCGAUGUCUGGGACAUCUCGCGCAGCAUCCGCCAAGUGGAGGAUCGGUUCAAUCGCGACUACAACUACGACUGGGUCUUCCUGAACGACGCCGAGUUUGACGAAAAGUUCAAGAAAAUCACCUCCGCCCUCGUGUCGGGGCGCGCACGCUAUGGCAAGAUUGGCGAAGAGCACUGGGGCUUCCCGGACUUCAUCGAUCAAGACAAGGCCGCGAAGGUGCGCGAGGACAUGCACGAGCGCAAGAUCAUCUACGGCGAUUCCAUCAGCUACCGCCACAUGUGUCGCUACGAAAGUGGAUUCUUCUUCCGCCACCCCCUCAUGCUCGACUACGAGUACUACUGGCGCGUGGAGCCCAGCAUCGAGCUCUUCUGCGACAUCGACUUUGACCCCUUCCGCUUCAUGAAGGAGAAUGGCAAGAAGUACUCGUGGGUGCUCUCGCUGUACGAGUACGUGGAGACCAUCCCCACGCUGUGGGACAGCGUCAAGGGCUUCAUGCAGGCCCACCCCGAACACAUCGCCGCCGACAACAGCAUGUACUUCAUCUCCGAGGAUGAAGGCGAGACCUUUAAUCACUGCCAUUUCUGGUCCAACUUCGAAAUCGGCAGUCUCGAGUGGCUCCGCUCGAAGCAGUACAUUGACUAUUUCGAGCAUCUCGAUCACGACGGCGGCUUCUUCUACGAGCGCUGGGGUGACGCACCCGUGCACAGCAUUGCCGCGGCGCUGAUGCUGCCGAAGGAGGAGCUACAUUUCUUCAACGAGAUUGCGUAUUACCACGUGCCCUUCACGCAUUGCCCGACGGGAGAGGAUAAGAGGUUGGAGCUGAAAUGCCAUUGCAACCCCGCCGACAAUUUUGAUUGGAAUGGCUACUCAUGCACCAAGCGCUGGUACGAGAUGCACAAUCUCGCCAAGCCCGCCGGCUGGGACACCGAGGGCGAUUGA